AUGCCUAGGAAGGCCUUCAACGCCGACCUCGCUUCUGCUGUCGGGGCUAGCAGCCAUCCCACUGGCAUCUCCGCCGUCCGCCGUGGAGAUGAUGACGGAUGGGUCACAUUUACUCUCACGCCCGAAGCCGUUGGCUCCGGUUACCUCGUCACUGCCAUGGUCACUGAUGUUGCCGACUACCCCUCCAGCCAUGCUUUCUUUCUGUCGGCUGAGGAUGAUAUGCCAACUGCACUAGCCCAAACACUGGGUCACAUCCAAGAACAACUAUCACCAGGUACUCCAAUCCUACAGCUCCUCAGCACCAUUUCAAGCGCACUUUGUAAGGAUCAGAACGGAGAUUCGCCGAUGGGCGACGUCAAUUCUCUGCAAGGCCUUGACGUCUCAGACGACGAACUCGAGGGAUACAGCAGCGACUUAAAAGAUGAUGACGACGACGAUCCGACCAACUUCGAUCUUCCUAGCGACGACGACGUCGAGGUACUCCAAACCGGACAUGUCCGUAUCGGAAGUUCGCCUACAUACCAGACUCUGGACCGCGCCUCUCGCUGUCGCCUGCGCAACGACCUCGCUCUUGUCAAGAAGGCUGGUUUCAGGGUGGGUCAUCUAGGGCCGCUCCUCGAAGGUGAUAGCUCCUAUCUGUCGAUAUCUUGCCGAGUGAGCAAGCUUGGCAUCUCAGGGGAGGCCAUGCAGGCCUGGCAAGUUCAGCCAGAAGAAUAUGUGACUUUACUCAUCCAAUACCCGAGUGGCUAUGUGUCAGUUGAAGAGGUCAAGACGUACAACAACUCAGCCAGUGCACAGGGUGCCUGGCAGUUUCGCACAGGCAUUGGCUCCUCAUAUAAACCGUCUCCGAAAGAGAUCGUCCAGGCUUUUGCGGCUCGCAGUAACAAAGCGAAGGCCAUGGCAGAGGAAGGUGAAUCCUCGACUAGAUUCCGGAAGCUCUUUAUAUCCUCUGCACUGGAUGACCUCUUCCAAGAAAAGUUUAUCAUGCUCCUCAAGUACAGACUAAAGGGAAUGCACUGGGACGGCGCCAUGAAGUUUCUCAGCGACCUACGGGAGAGAGAUCGCACCGAACAGAUGUCUUCAGACAAGAAGUACACCCAAUUGGAAUCCGUUAAACACGACCUUCCGAGGCUUGUCACAGCAGAUCACAUUUCAGAUGCUGGGUUUGGAGCUCCGCUAUCUUUGCCAUUGGUUGCCAUGCAAUUUCUCAUGCGUCAUUUUGUUCGUUGCACGGAGUUUUGCCUGGUGUGUCAUCGCAAAAUGCCAGACGGGCUUGAAGCUAUCAAACCCUACGUCUGCGAUGGUGAGCUCUGCCUCUUUCAGUACAUGCAGCUGGGUUUGGGCCCAAGCAUCGAGCAUGAAAUCAUCACCCAACCAAGGGUCAUCGACUUGCUAAUCAGCCUUUGCUAUGUGAGCGCCAAGCAGUUGGUUCUGCAAUCUCGUCUCCCCAAGGGCAUCAAAGGAAAGGCUCCUCCACUUUCUGUCCUUAAGCCUUAUCCGGACGGUCAGAACGUUCCAGUAACUACGCAUAAUCAACCUUCACUCAACAACAUAGUUCGGCACCCAAUGAAAUACCAUCCAGUCAGAAGCGAGAUGAUGUUUGGGACCGAAGUCAAGGCUAUUGAUUUGGGCUUCACAGCAGGUGACUGGGUUGCCAUCAAAGUCGCAAACUCAAACAGUGUCAUCCACUGCAAAGUCGAUAGCAUUUGCCUCCCGGUCGUGUUCGUCUCGAAAGAACAAAUCAUAGUGGUGCCCAGCGUGAGCCAAGACAGCAUCAACAACAACCUCAGCGUAGUAACCAAGGGAGACUGGAAGCAGACGGCACUCAACAUUCAGAGUGACGCUGCCGCUCACGUGGAGGGCCUAAACGACUGCUACAAUCCUGCUGACUGUAUUCUCUACUCCGUGGAUUUUGACAGCUUACCAGACUCUGAAAAAUGCAUGACGAUUCAGUACAUUUUAGAGUUACUGCCUAGUGUGAGUCAAAUGAGAGACUACCUAACAAGCAGCAUGCAAGCAGAUCUCAAGAACUGGACAUCCCGCAUGUGUCCGUUAGCUCUGGGAAUAGUCCGCUGGAUCAUCGCCUCGAACAGGGCCUGUAUUAUGCAGAUUGACGGGCCGAAAGCAUUUCCGCUGGACCGGGAUUCUCGAUCUAAGUCGAGCAUAGAUGAGAGAGUAGGCGGAAUGCCAGGAUGGUUGCAGUUCAAGUUCGCUAUGGGUGCGCCGGAAAAGGAGCGCCGCUUCACCAACUGUGUCAAGAGCAUGGCGGUGCAGCAUAAGCUCAAGCAUCCAACCAUGUUUGCGUGGCAUGGCAGUCCAUUGGCCAAUUGGCAUUCCAUUAUUCGCGAGAGCUUCAACUUCAACCAAAUUGCGCACGGACGGGCUUAUGGAAACGGAGUAUACUUUGCGAUGGAUUGCCAGACCAGCCUUGGGUACUCUGGAAACUCAUAUCACACAAAGUCCAAUGGUACAUGGCCCCUCAGUGAACUUGAUAUGGUCAAUGCCAUAUCACUCAACGAACUGAUCAACGCGCCGGGAAAAUUCGUCUCACAUCAACCCCAUCUUGUGGUGGACAACCUAGACUGGAUGCAAACUCGUUACCUGUUCGUCCAACGUGGGACCGGCGAUCAUGGCUCAGUGAUGUACGAGACGCAAAAUGCGUCCACUGAAUCUGUACUUGGAGAGGUGGUUGAUCAAGAUCCAAUUUACACACCCAAAGGUCCGAAUCAUUCCAGACUCGCUAUCCCGAUCACCGCUCUUCCAGGUGCACGGAGGCAGACUUCUCAUUCCGUACACAAGGGAUACAAGAAGGUCAAGGUUGAUGGCACCGUACUCGAUCCGAUCAUGGUCGACGAUGACGACGAUCAUAUGAGCAUCACAUCUGAUGAGGAGGAUAUUAUGCUUCUUGUCCCCGAACCCGAUACGGAUAAAGAGAAUGUAAAACCGCAAACCGAUUUCGUCCCGGGAAAGUUGGAUCGGAUGACUCUUCCCAUGUUGAAGCCACCCGAGGGCAGCGCGGCCUCUAUCUCGGCCUCCAAGCGCCUUCAGCAAGACUUCAAGAGCGUCCUAAGCAUCCAAAACCGGGAACCAGCACAUGAGUUGGGCUGGUAUAUUGACCCGGAGCUCAUGAUGGAAACUAACAAUCUUUACCAAUGGAUUGUCGAGCUGCAUUCCUUCGAGCCGCACUUGCCUCUUACGCAAGACAUGAAGGCCCAGGGUAUCAACAGCAUCGUCCUCGAGUUGCGCUUCAGCAAGGACUACCCCAUAUCUCCGCCAUUCGUACGUGUAAUUCGUCCUCGGUUCCUUACGUUUCUACAGGGUGGAGGCGGCCACGUCACUGCAGGUGGCGCUCUAUGCAUGCAGCUUCUUACCAACGACGGCUGGAGUGCCGUUUCUUCGAUUGAGUCUGUCCUACUUCAGGUUCGCCUCGCCAUGUCGAGCACAGAGCCCAAGCCUGCCCGUCUGGAGCCCGGUCAAGGCUACGGCCGCAUGCGCGACUACAGCACCAGCGAAGCAGUCCAAGCCUACAUUCGCGCUUGCAGGAUGCAUGGCUGGAAGGUGCCGGACGGCUUCGAAGCGACGAUGAUGAACUCGAUGAGCCAGUCGGCCUUUUAG